GCUUGCAGGCGGAGGAGGGCUUUUGGGGCCUCCCGGUGGCGGCCGAGUUUCCUUUGGAAGGCUAAGUUAAUGUUUAGUAGUUAGAGGCCGCGUCUGCGUGUCUUGCGCAAGCGGCAAGGUUGCUUCCAGUAAUUCAGAAGUCCCUUUGGCUAGUUCGACUUAAAGCCUGUGUUUGUCCUGAUUAAUUCUGUUACAGGCCAAGGUAGGGGUUGCUUUCCUGGCCUGAAGUGUUUGCUUUCUUGCUUUACAGUACGAAAACCCCUGGACGAUCCCAAAUUUACUGUCAAUGGCAAGAAUGGGUUUGGCGCCUGUUUUAGGCUAUUUGAUUGUUGAAGAAAAUUUCAAUGUUGCACUCGGUGUCUUUGUUUUGGCUGGCGUAACCGAUUUGUUGGAUGGAUUUAUUGCGCGCAACUGGGCUAACCAGAAAUCAGCUUUGGGAAGUGCUCUUGAUCCUCUGGCUGAUAAAAUUCUCAUCAGUGUGCUCUACGUAAGCCUAACUUGUGCAAAUCUUAUCCCAGUUUCACUUACUUCCAUGAUUAUUCUGAGGGAUGUAGCACUUAUUGCUGCUGUUUUUUAUGUGCGAUACAAAACACUUUCUCCACCGAGAACACUCAGUAGGUAUUUUAACCCUUGUUAUGCCACUGCCCAAUUAAAACCAACAUUCAUUAGCAAGAUGAAUACAGCGGUUUAGCUAAUUUUGGUGGCAGCUUCUUUAGCAGCUCCUGUUUUCAAUUAUGUGGACAGCAUAUAUCUGCAGACAUUAUGGUGCAUCACAGCUUUCACAACGGUAACAUCUGCUUACAGCUAUUACCACUAUGGCCGAAAAACGGUUCAGGUGAUAAAUAACAAAUGAAGUAUUCCUGAAAGGGCCGGGUCUUGGCAGCGUGGUGUGCUGUACGGCCGAAGAUGGUUGUGAUGCAACUGAGUUUUGGAUCAAGACCUCUUGUUUUUCUGCUUAAACCAUGGCAUCUCAAUGAAGUGACGUUUGGACAUGUACUGUGUAUAUAUAUAGAGAGAGACUUUUCAAUGUAUUUUUAAUUUGUUUAAAAAUGAGGUUGUUUACAAAAGCAAAUAAAUAAUAUUCUUAAAGACACAGGUUACUGGUUGCUGCCAUGUGCAUUCUGAAUAGUUGUAUACUGUUUUUGAAGUCAAAAUACGCACUUUUCACCACCGUUUUUGCCAUCUUCAUGCAAGGCGCUGAGGAGGCUGAGAUCUGAGAAGAAAAAGCCAUUAUAGAAACUAAUUCAUCUUUGUACCUCAACCUAAGCCAGUAAACCAGCAUUGCUCACCAGGACUUAAUCACGCAUGUCAGCUUGCAGCAGAAGUGAGCAUGUCAUCGAGGAACAACUAUCUUCAGAAAUUUAAACCGGGGUGAUAGAAAUUUUAUGUCAGAUUGCAUGGUGAUACAGAAAAGCCAUGAAGAGUUGCUACCCAGCUCCCUUUUCUUUUUAAAUAUGAGCAACAGUGAACUGUGCUCAUCAGAGAAGAGUUUUUGAGUCUCCGCAGCCAGCCGUGCAGUGAAGAGUCUGUACCCAGAGGGAGUGACAUUUCGUGUACUACGUAAUUGUUUCUAGCUAUCAAAAGAAACUCUCCUGUAUCUGCUGAUUCUUUAAAGCCUCUAAGGAUGCUGUUUAAUUCUAAAUACGUGGGAGAAAAAUGACACUUUAGAUACUGUCCAAAUGAAUGGAGAGAGUGGAAGAAACUUUUACAUACGUGUACUGUUAAUCCUUCCUGUACCUCUGGCUUCGAGAGGUGUAUGCUGUGAUCCCCCUCGGACAAGGACAGCUUGCACCCGUUCUUUGCCUGUUCUCCGCUUACAGCAAGAUGCAGAAUAAAGCACUAGGCGGAACAGAUCACGUUGGUCACAAACUUAUGUUUUCUAUUUUUGAGCAACACGUUUUUCUUGUAUGUCAUAAAAAAGAGUGCAAAUA